GACAGUCUAUCUGCAGUCACCUUUGACUCUGACUUUGAGACGAAAGCGAAAAGGAAAAGUUUCCACAAACCUCCACCCACAUCGCCAAAGUCACCUUAUUACUCCAAGCCGAGAAAAGUGGCAUCCUGGAGAGCUCUCAGGACAGCAGGGAGCAUGCCUCUGGGCAGUAGAAUGUCUUUGACCCCACAGAAGCUGUGGCUGGGAACUUCGAAACAAGGUCUUGUCCCUGCGACUCCUGUCUACAGAGAGAAAGAAGAUAUGUAUGAUGAAAUUAUUGAGCUAAAGAAGUCGUUGCACAUGCAGAAGAGUGACGUGGACCUGAUGAGAACAAAGCUUCGGCGCCUGGAAGAGGAAAACAGCAGGAAGGACCGGCAAAUAGAGCAGCUGCUGGAUCCAAGUCGAGGCACAGACUUUGUCCGAACCCUGGCAGAGAAGAGGCCUGAUACAGGUUGGGUCAUCAGUGGGCUGAAGCAGAGGAUCCUCAGGCUGGAGCAGCAGUGCAAGGAGAAGGACGGCACCAUCAACAAACUCCAGACUGAUAUGAAGACCACCAACUUAGAAGAGAUGAGGAUCGCCAUGGAGACAUACUACGAGGAGAUUCAUCGUCUCCAGACUCUCUUGGCAAGUUCAGAAACUACAGGAAAGAAGCCUCAGGGGGAGAAGAAGAUUGGUGUGAAGAGGCAGAAGAAGAUGAGCAGUGCCCUCCUGAGCCUGUCUCGGAGUGUGCAGGAACUGACCGAGGAGAACCAGAGCCUGAAGGAGGACCUGGACCGGGUGCUGAGCAACUCCCCCACUAUCUCCAGGAUCCAGGGUUACGUGGAGUGGAGCAAGCCUAGGCUGCUGAGGCGCAUCACCGAGCUGGAGAAGAGGCUAAGUUCGAUGGAGAACUCAAAGUCACUCUCACCAGAGCCAGUGAGAUCCACCUCCCCAGCUCGUUCUGCGUCCAGCUCCACGCUGCAUAGACAGCCACACGGGGACUGCCGUGAGGACCACGAGCGUCUCCGCGGGGCCGUGAAGAACCUGAAGAGAGAACGGGCUGCGCUGCAGACGCAGCUGCAGGAGAGAGAGUUGGAAGUAAAACAGCUACUGCAGACAAAGACUGACUUGGAGAAGGAGCUGGAAAGUAUGAGGGAAAGUGAGAAGGAGAGAAGACAGCAAGAGGAGGCUUUGAAAGAGGAAAUUCAAACACUUACCAACAAGUUUGAAGAACUACAAGAAAGGAAGAAAGAAGAGAAGGGUGAUCCCAUGGAAGUCACUCAUGAGGCCCAAGAGGAACUCCGAGCUCCCACUCCCAGCCAGACCGAGCGAGACUUGGAGCCAGGUUCAGGUGAGGAGGGGCCCUCGCGGCCCUCCUCCCCCUGCUCUGAUGGGAGAAGAGACUCUGCCGCCAGGACCCUGCAGGCGCGGUGGAAGGUGUACAAGCACAAGGAAAAAAAGGCUCUUCUGGACGAGGCGGCUGUGGUGCUCCAGGCAGCCUUCAGGGGGCACCUGGCACGGGCGAAGCUCAUACCAAGCAGAGCGUGUGUCUCCGAGCCUCCUGGCCUGCCAGGCCUUCCAGACCAGAGCUCUCCCACAGCCUGCGUUCCAAGCCCCGUCGGCCAGGCCGAGGGCAGCCCCGAACAAGAGGAGGCCGCCACCAUCAUCCAGUCAGUCCUCCGGGCACACCUGGCGCGGGCCCGGCACAGUGCGACCAGUGAAAGAACCACCUCUGCAACCUCUAAGAGAAGAUCUGCCACACACAAAGAAGCCUCUUCUCCACCCUACCUUGCAGCUUCUCCAGGUCGGGAGGACAGUGGAGUCAGCAGUGGGGAGGCCGUGGCCGACAAGGACAGGCCAGGGGAGCUGGCAGUCCCCCAGCCCUGCCCCGAACCGUGUCCCGCAGGGCCGCAGCCCACCGUGCCGCCAGCUGGGGAUGACGCCGACUCCGACGACUCCGACGACGUUGUCAUCGCUCCGCCUCUGCCCGCACGGAAGAGCGCCCCAGCCUAGGGGCUGUCUCCAAGGGGACGUCGCUGUCUCCAAGGGGUGAUGGCACGUGUUCCAAUGGACUCAACAGCCAGCCUUGGAAAGAGGCUUUGUCUUGUUAGGAAGAGAACGAUUCCUGCUUGACACCUCAA